AUUUGUUGUUUUAUAAUAGACCAAUGUUUGUUCUUGCGGAAUUGAAAGAUACGGUUAGGAUUCCACCAGUGGAAUUCAAGCAAAAAUUGAACGAUGCUAUUACAGAUGAACUUAAUAGAAAAUUAGCUAAUAAGGUUUAUCUUAAUGUUGGUCUUUGUAUCGCUCUUCAUGACAUUACGAAAAUUGAAGAAUCAUAUAUUUUUCCUGGCGAUGGUGCAUCUCAUACCAAAGUAAUAUUUCGUUAUAUUGUAUUCCGUCCAUUUAUGGAGGAAAUAUUAAUAGGAAAAAUACGUAGUUGUAGCAUUGAUGGUGUUCAUGUAACAUUAGGAUUUUUUGAAGAUAUUGUGAUUCCACCUCACAAAUUGCAACAUCCAUCAAGAUUUGAUCAAAUGGAACAAGCAUGGGUAUGGGAAUAUGAUACUGGAGAUGGCGAAAAACAUGAUUUAUUUAUGGAUGCAGGAGAAAUUAUACGAUUCAGAGUAGUAAGCGAAACAUUUACAGAAGCCUUACCUACAGGACCAAAUAUAUCUGGGGAGACUGAAACAUCAGAAGCUAAAAAUAUAUCUCCAUAUACUUUGGGAGGUGCUAUUGAUGAACCAGGUCUUGGAUUGCUUACAUGGUGGGAAAAUACUUAAGAAUACAAAAAUAAAUUCAGAUCAAUAAAUUUUUAUUCACAGCACA